AUGCCUACCAGAGAUCUCGUGGCCUGGAACGCCAUGAUACACGCCAUAGCAGAGCAUGGAAGCUUGGACGAAGCAUUAGCAAUGUUCCAGAAAAUGCCACAGUGGAAUUUCUCCUCGUGGAACUCUUUAAUCGCAGCAUUUGCCAAGAGAGGGCAUCUAGGUUCCGCAAAGGAGGCCUUCGAUUCCAUGCCGGCGCGCAACGAUGUGUCUUGGGCGACCAUGGUGGCUGCUAUGGCUUCCAUCGAUCGCUCAUUGGACGAUGCCAGAUCCUGCUUCCAUCUCAUGCCGCAGCACGAUCUAGUCUCCUCCUCUGCGAUGGCGGUCGCCUUUGACCGUAAUGGAGAUCUCUCCCUCGCGAAGAAGAUCAUGGAUUCCACGCCCGAGCAGAGCGCCGCGAGCUGGAACGCUUACCUCGAAUCUCUCUGGCAGCGCGGAGAUGUCACCGCAGUAGACGCGGCAUUCGCAGAGAUCGCCCAGCGCGAUGAGAUCAGCUGGACGAUCCUGCUCAAAACGCAUCGCGAGGAUCUGGGCGAGGCGGAAUCGAUCCACGCGCGCAUGCCGAGCUGCAAUGCGGUGUCGUCCACGCUCAUGAUCUCGGCCUACGCGGAGCACGGGCACCUGGAAGAAGAGGCUAAGCGCGUGUUUGAUAUGAUGCCCACGCGGGACAUUGUCUCGUGGAACUCCAUAGCCCAGGCAUAUUCCGAUCGAGGGUAUCUGAGCGAGGGAAGAUUCCUCUUUGCGAUCAUGCCAGCGUGGAAUACCAUCACUUGGACGGUCCUGAUUUGUGCAAAUGCCGAGAACGGGUAUAUUGAGCAAGCACGCAGAGUGUUUACUUCCGUACAAAACGAGAGCGUUGUCACGUCCACGGCGAUGAUCAAAGCGUACGGAAUAAAUGGCUAUGACGCGAAGGCUUGGAGGGUGUUCAUUGAGAUGAGAGAGAGAAAUGUGGUGUCUUGGACUGCUUUGAUUGGAGCAAAUGCCUUGUGUGGUCAUUUGGAUGAGGCAAAGUUGGUUUUUAGCAAGAUGCCUUGUUGGGAUUUGGUCUCGUUCGAUUGCAUGCUUGGAGCUCAUGCGAACCAGCUCGAGGUCGAGAAGUGUGUGGAGAUUUUUGAAACUAUGACUUCCCGGAGCAUCAUCUCCUGGAACGCUUUGCUUGCUGCGUAUGCGCUGGAUAGUCUCGUGGAGCUCACCAAGUGGACGUUCUCCAAGAUGCCCAAGUGGAGCAUCGUGUCGUGGAACCUUGUGAUGCAAAUCUUUGGCCACAAUGGACUGGUGGACGAAGCUCGAGCGAUGUUUGAGAGCAUUCCCAAUCGCAACAUCAUGACUUGGAACGCGAUUGUUGCUGCUUAUGCCUCAAACGGACAGGGCCGCGUUGGGAUCGAGCUUUGUACGAGGAUGUUGGUCGAAGGACUCCGCCCGGACAACACCAUCUUCAUAAGCAUCCUCUCGGCUUGCAGCCAUGUCGGGCUCUUGGAUCAAGGCUUGAGCUUCUUCACGUCCAUGAUCCGCGACUUUGAUCUUACUCCAUCCAAGGAACACUACUGCUGCAUGGUGGACAUUCUCGGCCGUGCCGGGCAGCUAGCCAGGGCCGAGGAGCUCAUCGAGACGAUGCCAUAUCUCCCGGACGCGAGAACGCCGCGUCCUACAUCGCACUGGCUUGCAUCUACGCCGAGCUUCGCAGGAAAGAAGACGAGGUUGCGAUACGAAAAGCCAUGA